AAAGGCCAACCAUUCCGAACAUUCCUUUGUCGACUGAGAUGUGUUUUAAUGGGAGACACUUGAAUUCUGGACUACAGCCGUGGGAGAGGGGGUGGAUGGAGGGCCCCUUAUGACAUUCGGAAUAAGGAAGAGCACUUUCCGGCUGGAAUCAAACAGGAAAUUGUUCAGAGAUGUGGAUUUAUGGAAGCUGGAAGAUAUGUGGGAUAAAUGGAGACACAUUUCGGUGACCGUAUACUACCAUGAUACGGAGGGAAAGAUUGACGUCGAGAUACGUGAUUUGCAGGAUUCCGUUUUGUGCAGGCACGAAUUCGUCAACAUCACUACUUGGAACCAAUCGGGUGUCUAUGAUUUCGUGAGGCCAAAAUGGGGAUUGUAUCGUAAAAACACAGGAUACACGGAAGACCACUCUGUGUACUUCUCAGACUUCGAGGUGAGGGCAGUAACGUGAUGCCUUCAAUAAUAAAUUGC